GUGGCCCCCUGCCAUAUUUAUUCAUGCCGGGCAAGAUGGCGGCGAUACGGACGAUGUGUUAUUGCCAGUGGACAUAAACAGGCAUUUUAUUCAAAAUACAAAACCUAGUCAGAUACAUUUACACACUUAACCGCAUUCUGUGGUUAUUUACCGCGGAACAAGCGUCGACUUAUUUUUCAUUUUACGCGUUUCAACGUUUUUUUCUUACAAAAUGUUCACGUUGUAGCUCGCUCGCUAACCGACCAGCUGGCUAACAGAGAGCUAAGUUAGCUAGCUAUCUACCGCAGCCAAGCCGCCGUGAAGUGGAGAAUGGGAGAAAAGCUUGAGCUAAAGCUCAAAUCGCCGGUUGGAGCAGAACCUGCUGGUUAUCCGUGGCCAUUGCCAGUAUACGAUAAACACCAUGAUGCUGCUCAUGAAAUCAUCGAGACCAUUCGGUGGGUGUGUGAGGAGAUCCCAGACCUCAAACUGGCCAUGGAAAACUACGUACUCAUUGACUAUGACACCAAGAGCUUCGAGAGUAUGCAGAGACUUUGUGACAAGUACAACAGGGCCAUCGACAGCAUUCACCAGCUGUGGAAAGGGACUACACAGCCCAUGAAGCUCAACAAGCGUCCUUCAAACGGGCUGCUGAGACACAUCCUACAGCAGGUGUACAACCACUCAGUUACCGACCCGGAGAAGCUGAACAACUAUGAGCCUUUCUCCCCUGAGGUGUACGGAGAGACCUCUUUCGACCUGGUGGCUCAGAUCAUCGACGAGAUGGAAAUGAUGGAAGAUGACACCUUUGUUGACCUCGGCAGUGGAGUUGGUCAGGUAGUGCUGCAAGUUGCAGCAGCAACCAACUGUAAACACUACUACGGUGUAGAGAAAGCAGACAUUCCAGCUACAUAUGCAGAGAGCAUGGAUAAAGAGUUUAAAAAGUGGAUGAAAUGGUACGGGAAGAAACAUGGGGAGUACACACUGGAGAGAGGUGACUUUCUGUCUGAAGAAUGGAAGGAAAGAAUCGCAAACACAAGUAUUAUUUUUGUGAAUAACUUUGCCUUUGGUCCAGAGGUAGAUCACCAGCUGAAGGAGCGCUUUGCUAACAUGAAGGAAGGUGGAAAAAUUGUGUCCUCCAAACCUUUUGCACCUUUAAAUUUUAGAAUAAACAGUCGAAACCUAAGUGAUAUUGGCACAAUAAUGCGUGUGGUGGAGCUUUCUCCACUGAGGGGCUCCGUGUCCUGGACGGGAAAGCCAGUGUCCUACUACCUGCACACCAUAGACCGCACCAUACUUGAAAACUAUUUUGCUAGUCUCAAAAAUCCUAAACUCAGGGAGGAGCAAGAGGCAGCUAGGCGACGUCAGCAGAAGGACACGAAGGACAGUAAAAGCAAUAGCACCACGCCCACAAAACCUAAAGAACAAAACAAGCAGGACUCCUGUGGUGAGGAUGAGCGUCCUAGCUUGGUGACAGUGGUCAAGCCCUCUGCUAAACCCCGAAGAGCCCGACUCUUACCCAAAGCUCGCAAGUUGAACAACAAGAAACGUGGUCGACCCAAGAAAGCUGCCCCGGCUACCGAGAAGAAAAACAAGAAGAAUCAGAGCGCAUUGGAUCUGCUUCAUGCCAAGACCCUUUCUGCGGCACCCCCUCAGGAUGCAUACCGGCAACCUCAGAGUCCCUUCUACCAGCUUCCACCCAAGGUCCAGCACUAUCCCUCUAGUCAGCUGCUUCUGAGCCCGACUCCUCCUGGUCUGCAACAACUGCUAGAUAACAUCAAAGUUCAAUACCUCCAAUUUAUGACCCACAUGAAGACUCCUCAGUACCGCUCCAACCUGCAGCAGCUUUUAGAACAGGAGAAGCAAAAACACAGGGACCUGUCAGGGCAGGCGGAGCAGCUCCACUCUGUUUGUCAGUCUCACAAGGACAAGAUCAAAGGUCUCUUUCAGACCAAACUAGAUGAGCUGGGAGUGAAAGCCUUGACUGUGGAGGACCUGCUGCAGGCCCAGACGGAGAUAUCUGCCCACAAUCAUCAGCUGAAAGAGCAGACUAAGCAGCUUGAGAGAGACAUGGCCUUGCUGAGAGACCACAGCCUGCUACUGCUGAAGUCCCGAUGUGAGGAGCUAAAGCUAGAUUGGGGCUCUUUGUGUCUGGAGAGUUUGUUGAAGGAGAAGCAGGCACUACGCAGACAAAUCUCUGAGAAACAGAGACACUGCUUGGAGCUGCAGAUCAGCAUUGUGGAGCUGGAGAAAAGCCAAAGGCAGCAGGAGCUGCUUCACCUUAAAUCCUACAGCCCCUGUGAUGGCUCCCCAUACAGAAAGAGCCUAGAAUCUCGCUCUUCCACAGACAUGGACUCCUCUAAGCUUGGCCUGUCCUCGGCCCCAGCCCUCAACGGCGUCAGCCCAGAGCUGUCUAUCAAUGGCACAAGCUCACCUUGUUUUGACCGGGCCAACACCAAGGGGGAGCUUCUUUCUCGCUACCUGCCCAUCUCUCCAGACCAUGAGAUUUUACCCGCCAUCGCUGAUGUCCGGCAAAGGCAGCAAAGUUCCUCCUACGCUCUUCCUGAUUACACACGCUUCUCCCCCGCAAAGAUUGCCUUGCGGAGACACCUUAACCAGGACCCCACGGCCUCUGCUCACUUCAGAGGUCCAGGGCUGACCGCACACAGGGAAUUGGGUGGUGUGAACUCUCCACUUGGAGCCAAAAUGAACUGCCCCUCACCCAAUGCAGCUGAUGCCCAGAAUAAAGGUUUUGAAAGGGGUGGUAAGGAGAGGAGCCCAUCUGUUCAGGGUGACAACAGCAUUACGAGCCUUCCAAUAAGUAUCCCUCUGAGCACUGUCCACCCAAGUAAACUACCAGUCAGCAUCCCUCUGGCGAGCGUGGUGCUGCCCAGUCGUGCUGAGAGACUGAGAAGUACUCCGAGUCCUGUGUUUCAGGCAGGUCAGACCAAUGGAUAUUCAUCCAGCUCAGGGCUGAUGAAUGGAGGUCCCCAUCCUGAGGACCAUAAUGGGGCUUCUUCAUCACCUCCUCCACACUCCAACACUACUUUGUCAGGAUCAUUGGGCAGAGGAGGUCCCAUCCAGAGCCCCCCACUCAGCACUGGAGGAGUGCUCCAGUAUGCAGAUGGACCCCCAAGGAUUCUUCCAGAAGAUGGACAGGAUCGUCAAGGAGGUGAAUCUGACACGGAGCCCCAGGACAGUGAACUGCGGAGGAGAAUCUUCUUCUCCUCUUGCUCCUCUUCCUCCUCGUCUUCCUCUUCGUCAGGCAGCGCGGCCGGAGGAUCACGCCUCCACCAUCACACUGGCAACAAGCAGGGAUACCACAGUAACCAUGGAAACCACCACCACCAGUCCCCCGGCACACAGCACACUCCCACACCCACACAUAUGUCGUCAUCACACGCCUCUCACGGCCUCGUCUCUCAAGAGGGACGUAAGCGGGGGAGAAGGAAACGCAGCUCCACAGUGGCUGUCGCAGCCAGCGGAUCCCCAAAGAGGAGGUCAUUCCCCGGGCUCUGCUCCAACAACCACUCCUCAGGAUCGCCACUCAACAUCAACACCAUGGUGAACAACAUCAACCAGCCUCUGGAGAUCUCUGCCAUCUCCUCCCCAGAACAAUCAAGCCGUAGCCCCGCUGGGCCUGACCUGGACCAGCCUCCCAUCUUGAAGAGAGAGCGCCCCCUGGAGCUCAAUGGCACAGGCCGUUACUCCUCUGCCCCCAGCUCUGAUGACGAGGACUCAGGAUACCCUGCGGACAGCUCCAGUUCACGAAUUGAAAGAAAAAUUGCCACUAUAUCCCUGGAGAGCAGAGAUGGACCUGGUAGACUAGGGGAUGGUGAAAGAGUCAGGAAGUCUGGCAGCAGCAGUGGUAACAGCACAGGCAGUGAGGCCUCCUCUACAUCCUCCUUGUCCUCUACCAGCAAGUGGAAAUCCACCUUUUCACCCAUUUCUGACCCCAAGCAACCCAACUCUGACCUGAGACAGGGGGGCUCUCCAUUUGGCAUGGGGGGGUCGAGCCGGGGCACAGACUCAGAUUCUGACCACAAACAACAGCAUCAGCAGGUGAGGAAAGGAAGUGAUGGAGAGUCUUCCAGCUACAUGAACCCCAACCCCUUCCUCAGUCAGGAGGCAGGGCCCCGGGGUGGAGGCAGCGGUGGUGCUGGUGCCCAGGGAGGCAGUGGUUCCGACCAACGCCAGGCCCUCCAGAAACAGAAGGCCCCUCGCGACUGGGAACUGAAGACGAGCAGCAGCAUGGCCAGUCAGAACCUCUUCAUAUCUGCUGCUGCCAGCAGUGGUGGAGGCAUUUUGAGUGGGAAGGUCGGGGGCAGUCCUGUAGCAGUUUCCUCAACCACAGGAUCCUCUGUGGGGCAGUACCUGGGGUCUCAGUUCCCACUUGGAGGGACGUCCGUUUUACAGUCCUUGUUCGGGGCCCAGACAGGCGGAUCCACGGUGAGUGGGACUCCAAGGCUCGUCAACGGACACUCUGCCCUGGGAAGCUUCUCCAGUGCUGGGCUGGCAGGGGGAGUGGCUGGAGGUAUAUUUCACCACGUGGUUCCCACAGUGUCUUCCCAUCAGUUUGGGGUGACGCUGCCCACCUCUGGAGGCCUCAGCUCUCUGCUCAGUCUCUCGUCCUCAUCCUCUACCUCCUCCCAAACCCAGCAGCACACCACUCCCCAACCAGCCUCCAUGCGCCUGGCCUCCGUGUCCUCACCUCUCCCCCUCUCCCAGGCUCAGCACAGCCGCACUCAGUCAGUCCUGCAUAGCCCCUCUCCUCCCACGCUCACCCUGCCCCCUCUUCCACCCCUGCACAGCACCUCCUCCUCAGCACCCACGCACUCUGACGCCCCGCCAUCAUCCCGAUCCGACUCCCUCCACUCCUCCCGUCUGUCCCACUCCUCUCUCCAUCACCACAGAGCACAGUCAUCCCUCUCUCUCUCCAUCUCUGCCUCCUCUGCUUCUGUCUCUGCUGCUGCCACCGCUACCGCUUCCCUCUCCUCUUCCUCUCUGUCCACUUCCUCCUCGUCUCGUCCAUUCGCAGUGCACUACACGCCUCGGCUGCCCCCUCCACCACAGGCCAGCAGCUCGGGUGGUGGCGGGAGCAUGUGGAGGACUCAGGGCAUGCAUGGUAACUACACAACCUCCCAGCUCCCUGGCUCCCGACCUAGAUAGGGGUUGGGGGGUGUGGGGAAGGGGGGAGGACAGAGAGGGGAAGGGCGAAGGGCAAUCAGAAGGUGGAAAGAGGGAGAGAAUGAGAGAGAGAGAGAGAGAGAGAGAGAGACUGGUAGGGAGUGAGAGAGACAGGAUACCUGUUUUUCAUGUGCUCCCAAAACAGCGUUGUUCUGAUUAAACAAGGUAAGUCAAUUCUCGGGUUUUAGAUUUAAAAAAAACAUGCUGGGUGACAGGAUUUAAUACCGUUUGUUAUUUUUUUAUUGCCGUCUAUGUCAUCCAUAGAAUCACUCAUCAACAUAUUUUUCUGUCUUCUUUGAUGUUUCAGGUAAUUGUUGAAAACUACCUCAAAAUUAAAUAAACUAUGCAAAUGUCCAGGUGUGGACCAAGGCACUCUCCUCACUCACUGGUGCUUCAAAUCGUCUGCACUACCCAACCGCCUCCAAGACCGGCUUCUGUACUGGGAUCUCUGAGACACACACACACACACACACACACACACACACACACACACACACACACACACACACACACACUAACCACCACUAUGGUCACCUUGAGCAGAAUUCACAGGUACCGGUCAUGUUUAUGUGUUGGUUUGAAGAUUUUACAAUAUGGAAAUCAGUAUACUGGCUGCUGCUCAGCACUCAAUGAACUGAAUUAUAAAGAUGUCUGGUUUAAAUUAAAGGUGCUCAAUAGUAUGAUAAUGUGUCUUUUUUGUCUUAGUCACUAUUACAGCAACUAGCAAAGUAAUCUGUUUUAAUGAUUUAAUGUAACAUUUAAGAACAGAUUGAAGCACAUAGUCCACCUUUAUGAUCUGAAAGUUGUCAUGUGUCACGUUCCCUCCAAAGUUCGCUUAUUAUGAGUGCAUGGUGUUUGCGCACACACACACACACACACACACACACACACACACACACACACACACACACACACACACACACACACACAAGCGCGCAGGCAGGCAGGCCAGUUCAUUAAACUCUGCUCAGAUGUCAUGCAGUGUCGCCUCUCUGCAUGCAUGCUUUCUUAACUCUGUUUUCUUCUGUGAAUAUUUGUUGCAACAUAUUUGAGUAUGAAUCAAGAUGAGGAGCUUAGUAUUUUGGUCUAACUUCACACUGGAUAGUAAGGUACAGUUACUCUGUAGCAGAAGAUGUGCUAGUCCUGGCUGGUUUGUUGACACCCCUUAAACUCUGAUGAAAGUAAUUAUGAAUGUGUGGUUCAGUGUUUCUCUUCAAAUAUAAGAUAUUUAACAUCUGUAAAAGUUUCUUUGUUAACUUCAGAAAUGAGCUUUGUUGGUGUUUUGUGACAGUAAUGGAGCAUAUUUAACAUUCUUUAAAUGAAUGAACUGAAAAAUAUGGAAGAACAUCAGUGUAUGUUUUAAAUUCUGAACACAACAACAUGUUCUGAUUUCAGCCUAAUUUUGAAAAUAUGGCUAAUUAGAAAGAUUUCAAGGGGUGCCAAUAAUGCCGAGUACAUUUUAAUUUUUCAAAAAGACCCUAGGAAAUUUAUUUGAUGAGAUGGUGCUAUAUCGACAUUGUCAGCCACUUUCUGUAUUUAUUAACAUUUUCUUCUUCGGCCAAUUUGGUAAAUCACACUACUAUGUGGGAACGCAGCCGAGAUACAUUCACAGCAGGAAUUUUUAACUCUUCUUAAGCUAAACUUGUUCAUAUUUAUCUCUGCUGUUGGGAAAUGCAGGUUUAAGCAAAUGUUUAGGACAUAAAAUGUGGACACGUAUGUGGAAUUGUACUGCAUAUAGUUGAUACACACACACACACACACACACACACACACACACACACACACCCAUGCAUGCAAAUCUUCACACACUGAGAAAACAAUGAACCAUAACCACAACAAACUACUGGACUCUUCACACCUUUUUUGUUUGCUUUUUUAUUGCGUAAUUUGUUUUUUGUAAACAAUGUUUGUACUGUGAAUGUGAUUCAUUCUCCGACUGUAUAGUUGUGUAUAAUUUAGAUUAUUAUAUUUAUGCUGUCAGUCUCUCCAUUUGCCUUGGCAUUUGUUUUUCUCUAUUUUUUUUUUUUUUUACAUGAAAUGUGCUGAUAUUGUAGAAUGCAAUAGUGUGUGUACUUGACUCAGUCUGAAAACAAUGGUGCUAAAUUUGGACUGUACCUGAUCUUAUUUAUUCUAUAGUGAAAACAUCAAAAACAAAUUGAAUACUUGGUGCUGUACACGGACAUUUGUAAAGCCUUUUUUCUCUGGCAUUUCAUUUCUCAUAUUUAAUAUGCUAUUGUCUGGUUCUUUGAAUGCCUCGUGUACAACUGUAGACAACACCUUUCGAUAAAACUACUCUGCAACAGCUGGCUCAGAGUCUGAGUAAACAGGUAUGAGGACCUCUGGUCGUGUUUCUCACGCCGCAGUUUCAAACAUAAGCAGCCUGCUUUGCUCUCAGAGAGAGCUGCUUAUCUGUUUGUGAACAAGACACACUGUUUUUGUACAUAGGUUUUUGUUUUUCCUUGUAUGUCUCCAUAAACAGAAAGGUAUAUAAAAUAUCUAUCUAUAUACAGUCUAUAUAUAUAUAUAUAUCUAUAUAUAUAUAUCUAUAAGUGAAUAGAGGUGUUUUGGUGCUAGCGUUGUGACCUUAAACUCGACCUGUUAAACAGGAGGCUUGAAGCCAAGGAGAGUGAAGCAUUGCCACAACGGGACAUUACCAGAAGGCGCUGAACAACACGGCCGCACAACAGCAUCUGAAUCCUUGUGACAGUACUAGAAAGUCAAAAGCUGUGUGUAUUUAACACACAGACAAACUGCAGUGCUGUGGCUUGAACACAACUAGAUCCCAGCACUAGAGCUGUCAUCACUUUUUAUCCAAUGUUUUCACGUCUUUUUUUUUUUUUCUUUUAACCAACCCAGAUUCUGCAGGAAAAAAUGGUGCUUCGGUUUGCAAACAAUGACAAUUCAGGUCUUACAAACGAAAUCUUCACUGGUGCAUACAAAACUACGUGUCAACCCCUUUUGACACACACUGUCUUUAGAUGUCUUACUGGCAAGGCCCUACCUUGUAAUGUGAGCAUACUGUGUCAUUGCAAAGACUCUUGUGUUAGGAUGUAUGUGUGUGUAUCACUUUGUGAGAGCAGCCGAGCUUCCUUUUUCUUAGAUUAGUGGGAAUACACUUAAGCUCAGUUUGUGUGUGUUGUGUGUGCUUUUUCCCCACUUGGCGGUGCAUAUCUAAGGGAAGAUUAGAUGAGUAAUCAAAGCUUUAUUGUAAACUCCUGUCCUGUGCACUCACAAAUGUGUUUCUCACCUGCGAGUGUUCAAGUGAAAAGAAGAAAUUCAUUGUAGAGCAUAAUUAGAGACCAUAGUCUGCUUGUUGCCAGCACUGAGAGCUCUUUUGUAAUUAUUGUCAAAGCUGUUUUCAUUUGGAUUUUUCUUGGUGUUUGAUACAAUUUGCCGUUACAUGUUAUGCUUUUAAUGGUGUCUUCAGAUUCCUGUCGGUUUUUAAUACUACUAGUCAGACACGGUGCUCUCCUUCACUUAAAACAAGGAAAUUGCAGCUAUUGAUAAAUACUACUCUUCUCCUGUUGUGCUGCAGGGUUUUAUGGUUUAAUAAUCUUCACCGCGAGCUUGCCUGGCGGCUUUCUGACGGUCCAGUUUAACCUACGGAAAUGUCUCUAAUCUGGAGGGGCGGCGUGGUGAAUGUGCAAGUGAGAAUAGUUUGUGGGAAUGGCAAAAUUUACCACCAUUACAGAUGUGUAGCUAUUUAUAUAAUCAGUCAAAGGGAUGAGGUGCUGUUAUUCUAAGUCCUUUGGUGUAUGAGCCACAGACUGUAAAAAAAAAAAAAAAAAGCUAUGAGCAUGAUUUGAAUCAAAGCUUCUAUGCAGUUCUCCAGCAUGCUCCAUCCUGGUACAUUUCUGAUCAUCUGUGAGAGCUUUUGCAGUCGAGGCUGUUUACUCUAAAUCCUGCCAAAGGUCUUAACUCAGGAACUUCCCACAUGGCUUGAAACAAUGUAAACAAUUUUCUUAAAAGUAAUGCAUGUCAGACUUAUUAACCAUGCUUUGGCAUGAUUAAGUCCCUUUCUAACCUAACUCGGGACCAGGAUAACCCCCUCAGUAAGGUAAAAUUCAAAAGUCAUAUCCUCCGAUUUCAUUCUCACUGUCACAUACAUCCAGCGUCUCCAGUGAAAUCCAGCUUUGUAAUGCUUUUAUUAAGUGCAGAAGCUGUGAAGUGGCUACGAUUUUCAGCAUCUUCCUCAUCUCAGAAAAUGUCUAGAUUUGCGUCUCCUAAGAAGGGAGGUUCACUGUCCUUCGUGGGAUUCUCUCACAGGACACGCGUGGCCUGCAGCGGGUGUACAGUGAAGCCAGGGCAGGUUUGAGGUGCAAUAACAGCAAACCUACUUUCCAAAAGGCCCUGGGUUUUCAUGAAUUGUUACUGUUUGAUGUUGGUGCUUUUAUCCUAAGAUGUUAUGAUACAAAAUGGAAUCCCCUGCGUUUUGAUUAUUAAUAAAAUGUUUCCUAUAAUAUUUGAAUUCA